CCAACUAGGAUCUCAUCCGGGCCUGAAUAAUCUGAAUAAAUAGAGAGGUGGUCCAGAUUAGAAGUGACAUUAUGUGAGGCUGCUGAGUCCACAAGCCAUAACCCAGAUGAUGGAUAAGGGCCCUAGUAGAUGUAUAAUUAAUGUGCCCAUUGCGGGUCUGAUGAAAUGAUUGGCGGACUUGGGGAAACAGUCGAAAGAACUGUCUCACUGAAUGUUCGGGUUUGUCACAGUAUUGGCAAAUAAUAGUUGGAGAAACAGUCGAAAUCACUAUUUAGUCCAAUUCAACCUUCUGUUUCCAACAUAGGAAGCAUUAUCAAAUGUUCCAAGUUCGUUGCCUCUUGAAAACAUGAAUGAAUAAGCAACUACACAAGAAAAAAACCUAAAAACAGAAAUAUGACCAUUCUUUUGCAGCACAAAAUACAUCACCUUUCUUUUGCAACACAAGAAAUUAAAAGUUGUCUUCCGUCAUCCGUUCACCCGUUUCAAGCAUUCAUUAGAAACAUGAAUAAAUAAGCAAAUACACAAGGAAAAACUUAAAAACAGGAUCAUUCUUUUGCAGCACAAAAUAUAUCACCAUUCUUUUGCAACACAAGAAAUUAAAAUGUUGUCUUCCGUCAUCCAUUCACCAGUUUCAAGCAUUCAUUUCCAGCUGCUUCGUCUUCCACACCAUGAUUAUUGUCUCAAGGCCAUCCACCAACUCUGUAACCUCUUCAUCUUUCUUCCUUUUUGAAUAUUUGAUCUCUUCAUUAUGAUCUGUCACUUUCUCUUCCAACUCCUUGGUUCUUUCAACUGCUAUUUUCAUUCUUUUUGUCAGUUCUUCACUUGACUUUCAAGGGCUACUCUUUCAACCUUAUGUAUUGCAAUCGUUGCUUCUUUUCCCUUUGAAGUGAUAGUCGCUUCUUCAAACAUCUUAGAAAAUUGAGCAUUCAUUGAUUGCAAAGCCUCGUUCUUGCUCCUCAACACAGAAAUUUCAUGUUGUAAAUUAGCUUCAACCUUGCCAUUUACAUAAGAUAACUUGAGAAGCUUUUGAAAAUCACGAUCCUUAGUCGCAAAGAGGCCCUCCAUAUCAGUAAGUCGUUCUCCCAACUUUGAUGUUUUCUCUUCAUUCUCAAUAGAAUUCUCUGUCCUUUUUUAAUUUCACCUCUCUGGUCUUCUCUUUUGUUGCGGUCAGAGCAAUCUCCAAAGCUUUUUUUUAUAUCUUCUCAGUUUCAAUUUCACCAUUCAACAUAGCAAUUUGGGAUUCCAGUUUAUGAUUCUCCUAAUUUGAGACUAACUAAAAAAUUGACAGACUCUCCAUUGCAAGCUUGAGUGCUUCACUGAGGUCUUCCUUCCCUGCUGAUUCUAGUUUCAAUGUCUUCUUAAGACAAGCAAGCUCCUCUUCCAAAGGAGGGAUUGAAGAUGUGUUUUCCAAUUACUAUCUAAAUGGAAGGAAUAAAAAACAGGUUUAGCAAAGAAUUACAGUUAUUUCGAACCCAAAAUACUAGAUUGAAAGAAAAUUUCAUACUCAUUGUACAAUCCUAAAUUUCAUGCAAUUGGAGGGUUCAAAAUGUAACAGGCAUACCUAUAGACGCUCAGAGCAGAUGAAGAAGAGGAUUCCAAAGAGGAGACUGGCCGAACGAUAGAGGAGACGGCCAGACGGUAGAGGAGACUACGGUGAAUUGUGACGGACUGUGCAUAGAGAAAUCAGGUCAGCGAACGAGAGUUUGUGUAUCUCGAUUUUUUUUGGGUAAUUUCUCUCUCUCCUAAUUUAUAAAUAGUAGACUAGUACGUAUAGAGGUAGGAUUCUUUUUAUAUAUAGAUGAUAUAAUUUUAUUAAGGAAAAAAGAAAAUGUUUACAAAGUUCAACCAAAAAGAAAGCAGAGAUGGCGCUAAGAACAAAAGCAGCACCAAACAUGAAUUAAAGAAAAAAAUGUUAAGCAAUCAGACAUCUUAGCUCUCAAAAGCGAGCAACAUAACAAUAUGAGUCAAAAGACCCCAUCAGCAGCCAAAAGAAAGCAGAUCAUGAGCUUCUUUCUAUCACUUGUCACAAAAAGCUGCAAUUUCAUUUCUGUAAUAAGCAUCCAAGAGUUGCUCAUUAUUGUUGAUUCAUUAGCAAUCUAUUUCUUACAUUCUCCUAAUUUAAUUUGGAGUUUUGGACUCAACUUCGCGUGUGUGUCUUGUAAAAAUUGAUAAAACUUUUGGAUUUCUUUUUCUAAAAGGAGAAAUCCAGCUCGUGAAUUGUGGUAAAUAAGCAAGGAUUAUGCAUUGGACCCUUGAAUUUUAAUGGGAUCAACCCUUAAAUCCUGCUUUGACUUAUUUGAAUUCAUUUAUGACGUGUAAGAUGGCAAAUAGUAAUUUCAUGAUGUCAAAUAACUAAUAGUAAUGGAUUUAUUUUAAAUCUAUAAGAGUAAUUGUGGAUUGUCAUAUCGGUAUGAAACUUAUUUUUGUUUGAGAAGGAGAUUAAUCAGAGUCAACCACACUUUCUUGUGAUUUCAAAAUAACUCUCAUCUACCCUAAAUUACAUAGAGUAUGAAUGCACAUUAAAUUGAAAAGUGUAUAUAAUUAGAGAGUGAUAAAUAUCUGUACUUAUAUUCAAGGCUUGAAGAUCGAAUAAGUGCAUUGUUUGCUUAGUGGAUGAUUCUUUGCGGAGAAGAUUACUUCAAUGCAUUAAACCACCUAUUGGUCAAACCAAUUAUGUUUUAUGUAAAAUCUUCUUAUCCUUAUACCUUAUUAUUUUCAAUCUCUGAAAUGGUUUGUUUUGUCAUAGCAUCCUACUAUUGAAUCAAGAAUAGAGUUGAUUUGCGUCAAUCUAUAAAAAUAAUAUUUAAACGCUACUUUAUUUAAUUUUUCAGUUUCUAUUUUCUAUUUUUAUCUGUGAAUAUAUAUACGAAAAAAGAUAAGUUAUGUUUUCAUAUGUUAUUGUAGCAAUAAGAGUUGACAACACAAUGUAAAACCGUUGAAAUAAGUGAAAUCAUUUUAAGUUACUUCAUUGCUCUUUUUUGUAGGAUCGUAUCAAUUGUAUGAAUAAUUUCAUUAUGUGUUAAAUCUUACUAGACCUACUUUCUACAUUUUCCCUCUCUAAUUCAGAAAACGCAUCCCAAAAAUCUAUUUUUCAAUGUUAUUCGCAUAUCUUUUUGUCUCAAUUUCUCAUAACUGGUCAUGUCAAACUAUUUCUCAUAUUAUUUUUCUAGUUUUGUCUUAGUAUGAACGUUGAUACUAAACUAGUAUAAAAAAAGCAAAUAAACAUAUACAGGAACUUUUCAUAGAAAGAGGCGCAACGAUACGAGUGCUUUUAACCAAGGUUGUUAAACUUCUACAGAUCGACUAGUCGCACUCGCUAUGAGUUGGUCUACAAAACGGUCUCCAAAAAAUUAGUGGCUCGAGUCCUGACCACUAGAAAGGCCGAGGGAAGGGAGGACGGGGGGAGAGAAAAGAGGAUAGUUGGAGGGUAAUGGGGAUUAGGUAAGUUUUUUUAAUGAGAGGUGAGUUUCUAAUAUAUACAUGUGAAAGAAAUUUCAUUUCAGUUAUUAAAAUUUUAAAUUAUUACCUUAUUUGUAUAUAUAUUUAGAAAAUAUAUAAUAUGGUUCAAACGAAUUGAAUCUCGAUCAAACCAUUAAAUCUCAAACUACCUGAUUGAAUGGUUUAACGACUUUAACCGGUUUGACAAACCUUUAAGUUUAUGGACCGGCAUCGUUUCUCUGCCAAAUUUUAAUUCGUAGCCUCGAAAACCGUCGUCUGCUUUAGCCGUCCUCCCUUUUAAAAAGUCUCACUGACGCCGGUGCCGUCGGCGAAGAAAUGAAAGCGUGGCCACCGUUGAAGAAGAAGAACAACAACAACAGCAGAUGGCGAACGCCGGGAAAUUUCUCAAUCCAAUCAGGCAAUCGAUCACGUUGCUCAGCUCUUUUGUGCAGAAGGUAUAAAGAAAAAGAUUCCUACAAAUAUAAAGGAGUUGACGUAGUGGUAAUGUGGGAUGUGAGAACAUUCACUACAUCAUAAGUUUGAAUCUUGAGACCUACAAUUGAAUUAGAGAAAAUGCGCGUUUGAUAUGAUUAUAAUCCUCAUUCUUUCUAGUUUGAGUCCAUAUGAAUGAACCAAAAUCGACCGACAUCCGCAAUUACGUUUCUUUGUAUAUGAAAAAAGCCUCGUUGAUUUAAUAUGAAAGUCCUUUAUUCGAAUCGCAGCGAUGAGUACGCUAGUUCCUUCUAAAAUAGGAUUUUGUAAUCGAAGUAUAGUUUUAUCUUGUUGGUUUUGCACUAGGUUUGAAAUGUAUCAACAAGUACUUACAUAACUAAAACGGUGACCACAUGGAUCAAUUUUGUGAUUAAGCACGCCAAGAGCUCGUAGUAGCAAUUAAUAUAUACUUUCUGGCUUUCUGCCAGUGCUUGAAGCGCAGGUGAAUACUUUCGUCGUUCAAUUUCUUGACGGCCACGGGCUUAUUACAAGGCGCUAAUCUGUUACUAUUUUUUUUCCUUUCUCUCUGUUGAUUUCAAAAUCCGUUGCUGUCUAUUACUGGAAUUCCGGAAAAUGAUCGAUUUGGGACUGGAUUCCGACGUGUACGACGUUUGAAGAAUGGGAUUUGAUAGAUUUGGGAGAAGAAAGUAAAGCUUGGUGGGAAAUGGGAAUGGGGGGACAAUGGCUUGGAUUACAUAUUUAUGAUGCGGCCCUACAUGCUGCUAUUUAUUAUUGUUUACUCCAAUUCCAUUGACGUGUGUGAACGGAUUGUGUAAAACUCAAAUGAUGCGAACCGGCAAUUUGAAUUCCAUUUUGACUUGGUGUACUACUCCGCUCGUUGGGAAUGCUACUGAAGAAUAGAUAAAACUAGUACACCGAUACACCAUGACUUCUUUUUCUUGUCUCAGUCAUCAUCAUAUGCUUGCCGCCUUCUUUGCCGGUCCCUAUUUCUGCUGCGUCUGUGUGUAAACAUCCCUUUUUUGGAAGCUCCGAAGAAUAUAUAGAACCUCACCCAACAAGGGAAUAGGUGGGGAGUGGGACGACGGUGGCAACACGUACGUACGAUUUUGAGGAAAUCCCAACAAGAAACUAUGGUGAAUUUCGCUACGACCUGUGUUCGCGCAUAGCGACAUUAUUGGUGGUUUUAGGAAGGCUACGAGUAGGGCUGCUAAUGAGCCGAUUCGAAUUGAGUUUUACUUUGACUUGUUAGUAAUCGAGUCGAACUCGAGCUCAUUUUUAACGAGCCGGGUCGAUUCGAACUCGAGCUAGGCUUGUUUACAAAAAUCUUGAUUCGGUUUGUAUGUUAUGUAUGAUAAAUGUGAUAGAUGUACUGUAGGAAAAUAAUAAUAGUCAAACGUUCAAAAUUAACUAAUCUCAUGUUCUACCUUUUAGUAUCAAACUAUUUAGUUAAUAUAUAUUAACUUGUCCAAAUCUUGUUAUUUAUAGUAUCGAAUCAAUCUAUGAAACAUAUUUUCGUUUCAUAAUUAAAAGACUCAUUUGCAUAUUUGCUCACAUACUUAAUAUCUCAACACCAUAUAGAGUGAAAUAUAUAGUUUAACAAACCUACAAAUUAUCAAAAUUCAAAGCAUAACAGAUCGAUUUGUUGAUAAGUUGGUAGAUGUGUUGCCUCUCUAACCAUAAUGUUAAGACAUCUUAUGAGCUCUAAAUGAGUCAGCUCACAAGUUGAGCUCAACAAGCCAUCGAGUCGAGCUAUCUCAUGAGCUUCGCGAGCCGAACAAGGCUUAGCUCAAGCUCGGCUGGUUUUGAUUGCUCGAGAAUGCAAUUUGAUAGCUUAGGCAGAAAGUAAAGCUUGGUGGGAAAUGGGAAUGGUUGUGAUGGGCGCCACAUGCUAUUAUUUUACUCCCAGCUUUGAAUUGACGGGCUCAUAAACGUGACAAAAAAAAGGUUAUCCAUGAAAAAUGUUUGUAGCUAGUGCGAUAAGAUUAUUUUACUCCCAGCUUUAAAUCUCCUCAACGAUAUGCUUGUGUUCCUUUUCUGAUAGCACCCUUAUCAUCCAUUAAACACCCUGACCAAAGGUCGAGCAACUCCAAAGUUACGAAAUAGGGUUUCUUCGUCAUAAAGAAAGGUUGUAGAGCUAUUUUCACCAAUAAGGUUAAUCACUCCAUUUUUUUUUGUUGUUGUCUUUUUAGAGAAAGUAAUUAAUUUAACAUAGUAAUUAAUCCAUUAGUUUCUGCUAGAUUGUAUGUCCAAAUAAUCUAGCUUAGAUUGAUCACUCAUCUAAUAACUAAUGGAAAUAAAGUCAACAUAAGUUGGUAUGACAAAGAUAAGUUUGAAAUUGGAGGGCCGAUCGGAGUUGGGAAGAAUUCAGAUUUUGUUUGAGUCGGCCCAAUCCUCUAAACUAACUAGAAGGCAUUAGAUAGAAUCGCAAGAGGUUGGGUUAAUUGUAAUAUGGACGCAAUAACAUUCACUAAAUUCUAGAUUCAAAUUUUGUGGCCAAUUAUUAUUCUCUUAAAAGAAAUUAGAAUUUAUAUUAUAGAUGAUUUGAGUAAGGCUGUAUAGGCGGUAUAGCUAAUAUGGAGAGGAUAUUAAAUAUAAAUGAAAGGGAUAAACAAUUACGUUAACUAGUCCAAAUAUUUGAUAGUUAUUUCAUAAACUCACAAACUUGAGUGCACUAGUUGUUAUUGACACAAAAGUUUCAUUCUUCUAUUAUUCAUGAGUACGUACCAUGUGAAUUUCUUUCCUUUUCGAGUCCAUUGUUUUGACAUUUAUUCUUCGUCUCUUCUUUUUUAGGGAUGUAAAAUGCAGUCAAAGCUUAACUUUUUGGGCAGGCUAUCGCAUCCAAACUUGGUCAAGUUGUUGGGAUACUGUUGGGAGUAUAAACAGCUUUAUCUAGUGUAUGAAUUCGUCCAAAAGGGAAGCUUGAAGAAUCAACUCUUCAGAAAGAAUGCUACGGAUAAGCCACUGCCUUGGGACCUAAGACUCAAGAUAGCUACUGGGGCAGCUCGUGCCCUAGCUUUCUUACACACAUCCGAUGAGCAGGUCAUCUGCCACGACUUCAAGACCUCCAGUAUUCUACUCGACAAUAAUUACAAUGCAAAGAUUUAUGAUAUUGAGAUGGUGAAGUUAGACCCCACAAAUGGUGAACCGCGUGGGACGAGCGAUGUCAUGGGAACACCGGAGUACACUGCUCCUGAGUACAUUGCAACAGGUUAUUUGUAUGCAAAGAGCGACGUGUAUAGCUUCGGAGUGAUACUGCUGGAGCUAAUGACGGGAUUGAGAGCCGUGGACUCGAAACGGCGAGACGAGCAGCAUAACCUAGUCGAUUGGCUGAGACCGACCCUAUCGCGGAAGAGGCCAACCCUAUUGCGGAAGAGAAGGCUGAAGAACAUCAUGGAUGCUAGAAUGGAAGGGCAAUACUCGUGCAAGGCAAUGUUGCAUGCAGCACGGGUUGUACUCAAAUGCCUAGAACCAGACCGUAAAGCCCGCCCUUCCAUGAAAGAAAUAGUGGAGGAUUUGGUAAAGAUACAGGCGAUCAAGGACAAACCAAUGCUUCCGAGAAGAGGUUCCGGUUCCGGUCCGAACCCUGAACGGGUAGUUACGUGAUGGAUUAGGAGGGUUGUAAGCUUUUAAGUUUAUUUAUAUCCUAUUCUCUUUUUCCUUCUGCCUACUCUGUUUGUUUCCUCCUGGAAUCUGGAUGAUACUUUUUGGGGUGUUAACCUCUAGUGAUAUUCCCUAUGUGAACACACUCUCAUUUCUCAGUGACCAAAUGUCGCAUUUACUAAUAAAAAAUUAUAUGAAACCAACUAAUUAACCUUCACAUCCAAAUAGAGUGUAAUGGGUACCCAGCUAAAGAAAACUGGUUUAGUUAGGAGAUUUCUAAUGUGGGUCCCACCUGCUAUUUGAAUAUACCAAACACUUUACAAUUGAAGAGAUGGUCUAACUAAGAAAAUAAAAAAUAAAACGAUUACACAUGUGAAAUGGCUAGAGUACUUUCCAAAUUAGAAAUCUUGCUAAAUAGCAAUAACUCCUCCAUCAGCUAAUAAUUGCUACAAUUUUGC